CACACUUCCCAUCACACACAUCCAACAAAUGCAUUCUAGGCUCUAAGCUAAUAAAACAAGCGCUCUAAACCAGAUACUGACAUCGGCUGUGAACUGUGGAUCACCUCUCCGUGGGCUUCACACACAGGAUCAGACGUUGCUGCCUCACUCAGAAAAGGAAAGCAAGUCAGAUUCAAGAUGGAAACUGAUCAGGAACGCAAGCCAAAAAGGCCUCACUACAUUCCUCGACCACCAGGCAAACCUUUUAAGUACCAAUGUUUCCAGUGUCCUUUCACCUGUAACGAGAAGUCUCAUCUCUUUAAUCACAUGAAAUACAAUUUAUGUCAAAAUUCAAUCUCCUUGGUGACUCAAAGAAAUGGACACACACCCCGACAAAUAAAGGCUGUGGCAAAGGUAGUCUCUGUCAAAUCUAAGGAUUGUAUAAAUGUCCUUCCAGCAGUCCGAAGCAUAAGUCCCGAGAAGCAAGGAACGGAAGAGAAGAAAGAAGAAAGCAGAGAUGAUACAGAAGAAUUAGAUGUUGGGUGUGACAGUCCAGUGAAUAAGGACAACCAGAGUGUUGCAAAACCAAAUACAAUCACUGACAGAGAAAUCGCAGAGAAUGAUGAGACCAAGGAUCUGCCACGCCCAUCUGCUUUCUCCCCUGUCACGCCUAACCGUGACGGUGCUGAGGCCUUGGUGUCAACUGUGCAGAGGAGAGAGCAUUCACCGGCUUCUAACAUUAACCAUCCAACCAACCCUUGGGGCAGAACUCUUCCAUUUAAAUCUUUCACUCCUCUCAUGACUCCUGAAUACGCUCACUAUUUCAUGCCUGAGCGACCCCUGUAUCCACCAUACUAUCUCUCAAGACACAUCCCUGUAAAUGAUCCAAACACUCCAUCUUUCCAGCCAGAUUUCAUAGAUCCCCAAAGAUCUCUGGUGCAACCACCCCUUGCCCCACCUCUUGGAGCCCCAUUCCCUCCUUAUCCUUACAGAUAUUGCCACACUCUUCAUCCAGCCACACCUCUGCCUUAUGCCCUUUACAGACCCGAUGAGCUUUCCAUGCCAAUUAAAGGACACAGAUACUUUCCUUUGGAUGGCUAUGGUCAAAGCUUUGGCCAUAAGGAUUAUGACUUAUAUAUGUAUUCGCAUUCCAGUCACAACAGCGCUCACAACUCUGCCCAAGGGGAGAGUCACCACGGCCAAAAUGCCGACAAAGCAACCAGGUUGAGUCCUAAAGAGGGCUGCUCAGCUUUAGGAUCACCUGACAGACCCAGUCAAGCAAACAUCAUCCUGAGAGAUUCAGAGUCUUCACAGUGCAUGACCACUGGUGAGUUGGAGACCUCUCUCCACCUUGGACAGACACCAAUCGUUGUGGAAGCAGUCACAAAAGAUUCAAGGCAAGAGGAGUAUGAAGAAACCUUGCUUCAGUUAGGGCGUCGUCACUUAGAUGGAGGGCCCAAUGGAAGAGGUCUACAUUCCUCCUUGUCAGAUAAAGACCAUCAAGAGGAAUCAGAUUAUGCAGCACCUCUUAACCUGUCAAAAAGAAACCAGGACCAUGAAGAGAAACCUGAACACAGGCUGAUGAGUUUAGAUGCAGGUAAAGUGAAAGGCAUAGAGCUUCCACUGAACCUCAGCCUCCGAGCUUCUCGCCACAGCCCCACAUACAGCUCUGCUCCAAGCCCUUCAGAGGACCUUCCACAGAGAGGUGACAAAGACCUGGAUGAAGAACCAUAUGACCAGAGGCAGACUGCAGCUCUGGCUCUCUGCCAACUUGCCACUGCAAGCUCUGCAGCUUCUUCGGGUGAUUUUUACAUUAAAGCCCAGCCUUCUAAAAAAUCAAUGGACUCUGCAACUCCUGAUUCUCCGAAAAAUACCAAGCCGACUAAAAGAGUUAAAGCGACUGGCCUGAAAAGACGAAGCAGUGACCAGAGUGAGAGCAAAUGCCAAAAACCAAACAAGAAAAUAAAAGCAACAGGGCGAACUCUGAGGAGGAGGACUCGCUGCUACUAACAACUAAACUGUGACUGUUGCAGAAUCGUUGUAAUGAGACUGUAUCUAUGACCUUCAGCAGGUGAGGGCUUCACAUCAAAAUACUUUUAGUGAUUUGAGCACCGAGAGUUAAAGCCUCCCAGCAGAUGACGAUAUGAAAGGCCAGACUGGUGCAACGUUACAAGUCUGGAAAAAAACUUGUUUAUUUUACAGACGUGCUGUUACAGGUAUCUUUAGCAAAAACAAUUAUGUAAAAAUACGUUUUCAAUGUAAAUACCAGUAAAAAUGUAUUGUAAGAAAUAAAGACGAGAUUUAUAAAA